AUGGUUUCCUUGCGGUUAAUUACCGCAACGACUGCUGCUUAUCUCGUGGCAGCACUGGGCAAUACUCAUAUUCGUGACCGCGCAGCGACAACCGAAACCGUUACGAUAUUCAAGGAGCUCGCGAGCGCGAUUGCAGACUGCAGCCAAGGGCAGCUGACUCAUUCGUUUACACAAGCAACAUCACCGACGAGGCACAUAACGAGCCAAUAUCAUGGAUCUAUGCUGGCGUUCCACAACGUCAUCAUGUUCCGUGGCGUCCCAAGCCAGAUUACAGCGGGCCAUUACGAUGCUGUGUCGAUGAUGGAGAUUGCAGGGACGGCUAUUCCUGCGGCGCCACUGGUAUCUGUGAGCUAUCUUCUGGACUGGGCUGCACGACCUGUCAGGACUGCAAGGGAGGAUAUAUGUGCAACGGCCGUGGAUCUUGUCAGCUGGUCCCCGCUCGAGAGUGCAGUGGUAACUCUACUUGCCCUCCAAACCAAGUUUGCAGCCAGGGAAACAUCUGCCUUACUCAGAAAGGAGAGAAGUGUUUGA